AUGUAUCUUCCUACUUUUUACAAGCUUUUCCAUGAAACCAACGCUUUCAGACUCAAAAGAUACGUUGGUUAUGGUCCCCUUCUUUUAACUUGGAGUAUUUGGACUUUAUAUCCUGCUCUCUACAAUAUGAUUUACAGUGAUUUCAUUCCUCCCGAGAGAGGUGUCCCCAAAAGAAUCGUCGAUGCUUGA